AUGUCGCCGACGACGCCAACGGACUUUGCCUCUCUCCCCCCGCCCCUUACCCGCUCUUCUACCGUUCCGGCAGGCUCCAGCACCGGCGGCACCAACACUACCAAUAACAGCAACACCAACAUCACCCGCCAAGACCCAUCUCGCCUCGCUCCCGAAGAUGCUUUCUUGGCCACCUCGCCGCCGCGCCGACCCAUCCCUUCCUUCCUCGAUGCCUCCACCGCGCCGGACCACCACCGCGCUGACCGCGCCCACCUCCGCCACGGCACCGCCGGCGAUCGCUCCCGUUCCCGCCGCACCCGCAAGCGCACCUGGAAGAAGUUGAUGUGGGUGAAGCAGAGCUACCCCGACAACUACACCGACCAGGACACCUUCCUCGAAAGCCUGCAGCGAAACCCCCGCCUGCAGCCCUACGACUUCUGGCCCCUGGUCGCCGACUCCUGCGUCAUCGUCCAGCACGUCUGCUCUGUCAUCAUCUUCAUCGUCUGCUUCGUUCUCAUACAGAAGCAGCGCGUGCCGCCCACCUCGGUCGUGUCCUUCAGCAGCCUGGCAACCUUCCUAGGUUGGCUGCUGUGGGAGCGCUGGGAGGCUGACGAGGAGCGCAAGGAGCUCGGCCGCUUGACCAGCGGCGCCACCGUCGCCGGCCGGAGGGAACCGAGCCGGAGGACAAGCAGCAUGCGGCGCCCGCCGUCGCACGCCGACGACACCUCGGCAGCAACGACCGCUGCCAGCUCCCUCACGAACCUUUCCUCCGCCGCCACCGUCGCCGCCGCCGAGCGCCCGACGCGACACUCCCACUCCGCCUCGGCGAGCUCACUCAUCUCCACGACAUCGACGACCUCGCAGUCCGCCUACCGCCGCCACAGCCAGGAAAUCAUGAACCAGGCCCCUCCCCGCCGGUCCUCCUUCCCCCUCCCGGGCGACGACAACAGCCGGCUGAACCAGCGCCUCAGCACCGUCAAGAGCGCCAUCCUCAUCUACUCGACGCUCCUCGGCCUCUCGCCCAUCCUCAAGUCCCUGACCAAGUCGACCUCCCCCGACAGCAUCUGGGCCAUGUCCUUCUGGCUGCUGACCAUCAACAUCUUCUUCUUCGACUACUCGGGCGGCGUCCGCGUCAACAUCCCCGCCUCGCUGUCGACCAACGCCGCCCUCAUGGCCUCGACCGUGCUCGCGAGCCGCCUGCCCUCCACCGGCCAGGUCUUCAGCCUCACCCUCUUCAGCAUCGAGGUGUUCGGCCUGUUCCCCGUCUUCCGGCGCUACGCCCGGCACCGGAGCUCGGCCUACAACUACGCCAUGACCGCGCUCCUCGUCCUCGGCGCCGGCGCCGGCGUGGGCGUCAUCGUGGGCGACGACGGCGGCGUCGCCCCUGCCGCCGUCGCCGCCGGAUGGCCGUGGAAGAGCGCUGUCGCCGGCAUGGUCGUCAGCGUGCUCAUCUCGGCCGUCGCCAUGGGCGGGUGCAGCUGGUGGCUCAUCGGCCUGCAGAAGUACAAGAACGAGAUCUACGGGCCGUGGGACCCGGCGAGGCCCAUCAUCAUGAGCCGGCGGCUCUGGGAGGACGGCUGA